AUGUCUUCCAAUCUUGCCUCUAUCAAGACGCGCAGGAAGAAGAAUGUCAAGAAAGGGAUACAAUUCUGUAUGAUGGUCUGCGGGGCUUCAGGAACAGGUCGAACAACAUUCGUCAACACUUUAUGCGGCAAGCAAGUCCUAAGAGAGAAAGACGCAGAUGAUGCUGCGAAUGCUCAUCUUGAGGAGGGUGUAAGGAUCAAGCCAAUUACCGUCGAGCUGGAGUUGGAUGAAGAAGGCACACGUAUCUCCCUAACAAUCGUCGAUACCCCUGGCUUUGGAGACCAAAUCGACAAUGAAGCAAGUUUUGCGGAGAUUGUCGGACAUCUGGAGCGCCAAUAUGACGAUAUCCUUGCCGAAGAAUCUCGCAUCAAACGUAACCCUCGUUUCAGAGAUAACCGUGUACAUGCUCUCCUCUAUUUUAUCACCCCGACCGGACAUGGCCUCCGUGAGCUCGAUAUAGAACUGAUGAGGCGCUUAUCUCCUCGCGUAAAUGUCAUUCCUGUGAUCGGCAAAGCGGAUUCCUUAACUCCAGCUGAAUUGGCAGAAUCAAAGAAACUGGUUAUGGAGGACAUUGAACAUUAUCGUAUCCCAGUCUACAAUUUCCCUUAUGACAUCGAGGAAGAUGACGAAGAUACCGUUGAGGAAAACGCUGAGCUACGAGGCUUAAUGCCAUUUGCAAUUGUGGGUUCUGAGGACGUCGUUGAAAUCGGCGGUAGGAGAGUCAGAGCGCGACAAUAUCCAUGGGGGGUGGUAGAGGUUGAAAAUCCUCGUCACUCUGACUUCCUGGCUAUCAAGAGCGCCUUGCUUCACAGCCAUCUAGCGGACUUGAAGGAAAUCACACACGACUUCCUCUACGAGAAUUACCGAACAGAGAAAUUGAGCAAGAGCGUUGAAGGGGGUGCUACUGCCGAUCAAUCGAUGAACCCUGAGGACUUGGCUUCCCAAUCCGUCCGCCUAAAGGAAGAGCAACUUCGUCGUGAGGAAGAGAAACUCCGCGAAAUUGAAGUCAAGGUUCAACGAGAGAUUAAUGAGAAGAGACAAGAGCUUUUAGCACGUGAGAGUCAGCUAAGAGAAGCAGAGGGACGCAUGACGAGGGAGACAAGCAUGGCUGUCGAUGAUACAAACGGCAUGUCCUAA